AUGUCAUCUCGAACGCUCUUGACGGCAUCGAAAGUCGAGGACAUGUAUCAGCUCCAGCGGCGCCGAGAUCUCUAUGAUGGCCUUCGGACGAUCGACCGAUGGAAGCCGAUGGAACACAAAGGCGAUCUCUGGAAUAGUUUUAGGAUCUCCCGCACCUCGUCCGACAAAGGUCUUCCAAUUCUCACCAUACUCAGCGUUGUUCUCUCCAUUCCAUUUGAGGUCAAACCUGUGCGGGCGCAUCUGGGGCCUAAAGAGAUGCUCUUAGCCUCUCAGGCGCCCCUACGUCUUGUAUGGUGCUGUACAACCCCUGUGUUUCACCACAUCCUCGCGGCGCGUCUGAUCGCGUUCCUCGCAAAGCCGGGCGGCUUUCCAGAGUUUGCCCCGCACGAGCAGAUCAUCAGCGCAGGAGAGCGCAGGCUACUCCGGGGUUUCAGGAUCUGCAUAAGGGCAUCGGCCCCGCCGGAAUUGGGGUCUGCAUCCAUCGGGGGGCUCGAGCUCUGA